CGGUUGAGGCGCGACGGCCGCACCCGUGUCACUUCCGCUAAAAAACAUUCCGCAGUACUCUAAAAACUACUGCAUUUCCAACAACUAACUGUUAAAAAGCGAAAAAGGUUUAAAAUAAAAAAAAUGCGCCUGACAUAAAUUAUUAGCAAGUGAACAUCACGCGUAUUUGAAGUGUUUACCACGUCAGGAGCUUCGCGGUUUUAACACAUGUGGCAGAAGGGAAUAAGGUUCGAUACUGCGUGGCAUAAGCCCGGGUAGUCCAGUGUAUCAAAGGUCUUUGUGUGCCGGAAUGACACGGUGGUUGUUUGGCAUGUGACGCGGGCGCAGUGAGCGGCAUGCCAGGCGAGCGUUCGACGCGGGCCGUGGCGCUCGCCGCGCUCGCGAUCCUCGUCGUUCUCGGUCCGCACCCGCUCUGGGCGGAUGAGACUGAGACCACCACCGCUCCUCCAUUCGAUCCAUCAAAACGUGGCAACAAGAAAUAUGGAGAUCAUUGCUCCGAAGACAUCGACUGCAGCUUCGAACAUUCCGUCUGCGACGCCGUGCACAAGCUUUGCCGUUGUGACGAGGAUUAUGUCACCAACCACGUCGAUAAGUGUGGAAAACCUGCGGGCAUCAACGAGUCGUGCACCUUCAAUCAGCAAUGCGAGGACAUGGUGUUCCAGACGGAAUGUAGGAACGAGCGAUGCGCUUGUAUGUUCGAGAUGAUCCCUGAAGUCACUGUGGAUGGCACUGUCGCAUGUAAACCGGAAAAGAGACAAGAAGAAUCGUUGAAGACGUUAGACCCGGCAAUGAUUGGCAUUCUUGUGGCUAUGGCACUCAUGUUUGUCAUUAUCUGCGUCGUUCUCCGCCUCUUUAGCAGGGCAAGAUGGAGGGAAAACCGCACGAUCUUCAACACACCGAAUCCACGACUCAUGAAUGUUUCUUUACUACGGGACUCCAAACUGUUGCAUUCUCAGGAUCGCCGUGGGUCUCGUGUUAGCAUGCGUCCCCCAUCAAGGCACGCUAGCCAACAGGAACUAAGACCACAUUCACCUAAUACUGCACGCCAUCACCAAAGUCAUCAGCUACACCGAAAACCUUCAGGAUCUCGUCGAGGAUCAAGGGCAAGCAGCGGCCACUCUGCCACCUCUCUGAGGUCAGCAACUCUUCGUUCGCCCACAACGCCAGGCCCCACAUCGGUUACCGUAGAAAUACGCCCACCAGAUGCAUAAAACAAAAAUAAAUAAUAUCACGAAUUUGAAAAUGGAUUGAAUAGAGAAGGCACUCUCUUAGAUAAAGUCAAGACGGACAAAUCUAUAGGAAAUGGUAUAAAAGAUUGGUUGUAAACGUAAUGCUAAAUUAAGACGCUUUCAAAGUAUUUUUAAACGACGCAAAGUCUGUAACACAUGCCGAACAAAACUAUUAACGUAUUAUAAAAAUACUCAGUCCAAAUGUUUACAAUAUUUGUGAUAAAAUUUACCAGUCGUUUAAUAUUAUAAUUAAGUUAAAUUAAACUUUUAUCGUGGAAAGUGAAACUAUUAUUAAAAUUAUAGCAAUAAUGCACAAUGUAUCUGUCGUUCAUAAUAUAGCCACUUGAAAAGUGCCUCUAACUCAAAUUGCGUAAAAUAUCAUAAUAUUUGUCUCUCAUUAAACACAUUUAUCGAAUUAAGCUAAAUAUCUAACAAACAAAUUAGACACUAAACUAGUUUUAAAAAGAAAAAUUAAAGCAGUUCACUUUAAUCUAUAUUUAUAUCAACAUUCAUAAUACAAAAUUAGUCACAAUUAAAAUCUUUAAGUGUAGAGCACAAUUCAACGAUAUUUUU